AUGGCAGAUGUAGACAAGGAGAACCUGCCUCUGUCCUCAGAGAGCGCGGCCAACUCAAAGCGCCCCUCGGCAUCGAAGCCGGUCGACGACUCACCUAGUCCACUAUCGACAAAGGAGCCGACAGAAAUAGCAGCGCUCGCCUUUCCAGUAAGCGAGCCGGACCAGCAUCCGGAUGAGCUUGCUCGAGAUGGCAAGACGCUACGCAAGAAGCGAUCUGUCCUCUUCUAUCCAUCUGCUGGCCUAGCUUCCAAAUCCAACCAACAGCCGUUCUCACGCAGCGCUGCGAAAAGAGACUCGAUCAUGGCGCUCGGCAGUAUCGGUUAUCUCCAGCACCUUUAUACCAAGCAGGGAAUAGCCAACCGAAAGCGACCGAUGACGAAGGGAGCUAUGACGCUUGCGAUUGGAGCUGCGGGAGAAGCUAUGGUGUCAGGGAGCGCUGGCAGCUCGAGUGCGGGGUCUCCAACAGCAGCAACGCCAACCGGGCAGUGGACGUCGAGUCAGAUCACGGAGGAGGAUGAGCAGUUUUCAUCGCCUCCAAGCCCGGAGGCAGGAAGCUACACGAGACCAAAGUACCUCGAUGUAGCAAAAUCCUUGCAGGCAGACUCGCAAGCACUCCGAACACUACUGAUCGCCGACUUGGAUCGACUCUCGACCGUGUGGGAUCUUUCCGACUGGAUCGCCGAAAACGAAGCAGUCUCUGCCAUCAGACAGAUGCUGUCCGAAGGAUCCGAGCUGAGUUCAGCUCGAACGACCGAACAUGCUUCAGUGCAUCUCCCAGACAUGAUCGAUGCCACGACCAAGGCAAUUCGGUCCGUACGCAGUUAUGUUUUGUCGCUGCCGCAGCGCUCGAGAACUCCGGGCACAACGUCAAACGAGCCAAGCGGCAGAGAUCGCUUCAAGCGCCAGUCCAGCUUCAGUGGCAUCGUUCGCCCCGGUCAAACUUCAUCACCGGUGUCAAUGAAUAGCAGUGAGAACUUGCAUCAAGACGGGGCGCUAGGCGAGAGGUCGAGCAGCAGGCCCCGUCUCGGUAGACAUCUGUCGGGCUCCCACGCUGAGGUGGACGAAGAUGAUCUCGGCAGCAUCCGAAAAUCUGCGCUUCAGAUGCUUUCGGCGCUUCAUGAUAUGGAAGAAAGGAACCGCACAGAGGUUCUGGGCUCCAGCGAAGGUGAUGCAUUGGACACGUCCGCAGGCGUAAAUGCCGAUCCGGACGAAUCAAGAACCAGUGGUCUCGCAAAGUUCACAUCAGGGGCGAGCUAUCUGUAUCGCUCGGAUUUGACGCUCGCGGACCUGGCAGCAGAGCGUGGGAUCCUACAGAGCUAUUUGGAGACCGCCGACUCAGUCAUCUCUGCAUUGGCAGUCUCUCGCCAUGGUAUGCGUCGUCGAUCGAGCGCAGACGUCAAGGGUCCAAGGAAAGCUGGCGUGUCGAUCACGCUAACAUCUCCAGCACCAUCUAUCCGUGUCGACAGUGCUCCUACGGACGCGUCCUCGGACUCGGCCUGGAUCGAUGAAGGUCUCAGUCCCGCUGAGCGUAUCGCUGAAUUCAUGAUAGAUCAUUGCGAGAAUCUGACCGGUUUCACGCGACGAGUGGAGCGUUUGCAGGUCGCUCGAGGCGAUCUUGAAGCAUUCUUGCCCCUUCUUUCCGACGGCUACCUUCUCUGUCAGGCCUUCAACGAGGCUGUUCGCCGAUCCGACAAACCCUGGGGCUACAUCUCCCCUCGCGAAAUGCACGAUCUAGAAGCGGAAGAAGCCGCGCUUUCGCACAAAGAGUCUCUGCGUAUCAGGGAUGCGAAGCAAGCCGAAUCGCUCAACUUUCAGACGCGACGUCAGGGCGGUGCAAGCGAAGACGGUCCCAACGCCAACGAUGAACAGAGCAGCAGCAUCAGUGUCGAGAACGUCAAUCGGCCUGGGUGGACGUUUCGCAGAACGGAGAAUCUGCGCUUGUGGGCAACAGCGCUCAAAUUGCGAUACCAGAUUCAAACCACCGCUACUCGAGCCAGCAUCACAAAACCGAAUGAGAUCAGCGGUCCUACUUACAGAAGCCUGGGAUUGGGAAAAUUGUCGCUGCACGGUCGAAGGGUCGCUUCGGAAUCUCACGUGGUCUCUUCUACCAGCUCGAAGAUGAUCGAUUUCGAUCCGAGCAGAACAGCACGUAGGGACCCGGGUUGGCAGCAGGCUCUCACCAUUCUGCUGCUAGCGUGGAUCGAUGCGGUAGCACAGGAACAGUGCCUGGUGUGA